UUGCUAGAUGCAGGACAUGCCUUCUGAUUCCAUGGAGGUUGUUCAGAGAUGCUGUACAAUGCAGCCCUUGGCCAAUUUGUUGGUCUGGUUCCCAUAUUUAUAUAUACACACAGUAGAUCUAUUGCAUUAUGCUGUACAAAUAGGAAUACUCUCUCUGCUUAUAUCAUAAGAUUUUUUUUUUAUGCAGUGUAUAAAGGUACAGAAACACCAUAGUCAAAUGAGUAUCACUGCCCUAUUUGAUAGUUUCCUGCUGGGAAUGGACUCUGGACCUGCUGACUUCCAAUAGAUGCAGAUUUAUUUUCCCCUUUCUGCUAAAUUUUAACUUUGCCUACACACAUUAAUGCAACACAGCAACAGAUACCAGUCAGUCUGAUACUGGAUUCAUAGGAUUCUCCCAAGAUGACUUGCACUGAGCGUUGGUCCUCCUGCAAUGGAUUCUUCCUUCUGAUAUUAUCGUUAUUGGCUAUUGCAUUUAACUUGACCCCACUGAUUGCAGAUUAUGUGGAAGAUGGAAGACUCUUUGUUAGCCCUAUCUCAUGCUACGAGUGGUGGCUGCCCGGUUUGGUCGGAGGAGGACUACUGGUCCUACCGGCUGUAUCAAUGACACUGGCUGCAAGGAAGAAGGGGAGCUGUAAUUCCAGAGGAGGGAUGCUGGCGUCAGCCCUUCUGAGUGUGCUCAGCAUUAUCGGAGCUGUUUACUGCACUAUCAUCUCCCUCUUUGCGGUUGCCAAAGGCCCUUUGGUUUGUGAGACUGGAAGCCACGAGCUGAGCAGUUGUGAUUACACCUUAGCCAACCUCAGCUCUAACUCCUUCAAAGAGCUCCGGUUUGAUCUGGCCUGGCUCCUGAACUCCACCUGCAGCCCAACAGUAGAUCUUGGCAUUACAGCAGCACAAGGAAUUAUUCCCAAGAAGGACCUUUCCAUAGAACUGAAUGAAGACACACAGAAGAUAAUCCACAUCACUGUGUUUGUAGCGCUGGCCAUUAUCGGGCUAGUAGAGGCUUUGGUGGCCAUCAGCCAGGCUGCCGCUGGGUUGUUUGGCUUCAUAUGUGGAACAUCCAAGAGAGGACAAAGCCAAUAUGCCUAAGAAAUAAAGGACAAUGAAAUAUAAAAUCACCACAGGGAUUCCAAUUAGUUUGGAACCCCUCAGUGACUUUAGUGGCAAACCUUCUGCCCAGGGCUUACUCUCCUUUUCUUAAAAAAUAUUAUUGUUGGAUACUGUUGUGCAUAGUAUGCCAGGCUCCCAGGUACCCCUUGAACUGCUGUCUAACUGGGCACACACACAGGCCAGGGCAAUACACGGGAUACCUGGAAGCUCCGCACAACAGUACAGUCGGUGCACUUUUUUUACUGAAGAAGAACCACCAGGCCUAGGGUAUGAGGUUUGUAAUUAGUCAGUUGAGCUCUAACAAUUUGUCCCCCUGCAGUGAUUUGAUGUUUCAUUUUAAGUAGGGAUUGCUAUAAUAUCACACACUGUAAAGCUGGGUAGACAUGGUAAGAUUUGCUAGUUUGGCAAGGUAGCCACUUAGCUGAUUAGUUUUACUCAAUUUGGCAACCAUCAUGGCCACAUAGGACAGCAUCAACAUGCCGAUUUGGUGUUUAUCCGAUGGAAUAUUCAAACCUGCCAGCUAUUCAAACCAGCUAUUCUGGCAGCUAUUGAUCAGACAGGACCUCCCAAGGGCCUCAUAGAGAGGCUGAUAUGCUGCCCAAUUGGCAGUUUGUAUUGGUCUAUGUAUGACCAUCUUAAGAAUUCAUUAGGCAUUUCCCAAAAUAUGAACUGCCAUCUCCUCCGGUGACAGAGAGUUGACAUAUUUUGCCACAUAAAGAAAUUAUUAUAUUGACAAAGUAAAAAAACAAAAUAAAAAAAAAAUCUAGGGGAAGAAUUAUUUCACUCCCUCCCAUUGCCUAACCAGUUGUAACAAAUGAAAGAAUCUAUUUUCAAUAUCAACACAGAGCAACCCAGCAGACUGUCUCAGAUCAGCUGGUGCUACAGAAAAGCCCAAUACUGCUGUUUAACCCCUUGGGCCUCACAGGCUCCAGCACUGUAGAACUUACGAGUGAUAAACAUAUGUGCACUGUAUGAAUGUAUACUGCACUGCUGCUGUGAAAACACCCAUCUUCCUGCUGUCACUGCUCCUGACAUGAGAUGGUAAUCGCCCUGGCAUGGAAUAGAGACAGGCUGACCUCAGCACCAAACUGUUUGCAGACAAAAUGUACUACUGGCCUUAGGCCAGGCUGCUGGUGGUAUUUGGUCAACUUCAUAAAAAUGAUGUGUGGCGCUGCUUGGUCAAUAUGUACCCAAAGGAUUUACAACAGAAGAAGCUACUCUAUUUGUAACUUCUAGGAAAUUCCGAGCCUCCUUUCAGUUUGAGACCGACUCUUGUACUUGCUAAAGAAAAUGUAAUUAACGCUAUUAACACUAACAAUAUCUGCUAUUUAAAUACUGUUUAUUCAAGCUAGGCCAUUAUUUAUAAAUAAGGCUUACAAUGAUCUACUUUUCCACAUUCUUCAUAUAUAUUUAUCCACAUAUUUUGUAAAAAUGUGUGCUUGGUUAAUGUGAAAUUAAAUCUUGCCAUAAAUCUUGCUUUUUAGUAUGUAAUAAAAUAUCCUAUUUGUUCCAA